UGGGCCAAUGAGAUGCAUGCACUAGUGAUAUCUGAGGAACUAGCAAAUGAUGUCCUGGGAGCUGAGCUGCUUAUCAAACGUCAUGAGGAAUACAAGCGUGAGAUAGAGAAACAGUGGCUAAAAUAUGAAGAAAUACAGCGGGCAGGAGAUGACCUAAUGAGGAAUGGACAUUUCAUGUCUGUGGAGAUUGAAGAAAAACUGCUAGAGCUGUCAGAGCUGAUGAAGAAAGUAAAGGAGAGCUGGAACAUGAGGAAAGAGUUGUAUGAAGAAAACUGGGAGAUUCAAUUGCUCCGCAGAGAGCUAGAACAAGCAGAAGCAUGGCUGGCUGCCAAGGAGAGCUUUCUUUCAGACCCUAACUAUGGGGAUUCUGUGUCUGAAGUAGAGGAACUACUGAAGAAACAUCGUGACUUUGAGAACAUGCUUGCAGUUCAGGAGGAAAAAUUUGCUCAACUCAGCAGGAAAACUAAGAGGGAGAUGAAUCUUCUGAAACAGACAGAUGCAGAAGAAAGUGAGCAGAAAGAUAAAGGCAAAAUUGUACGGGUUCCCUCUCUGAAAAGAAAAACAUCUGACAAAAGGAAUCCACCACCAAAAGUGAUAGAGAUAAGGAACACAAAGCCUGUGCAAUCUGUGCAACCACCGCUCCUGUCCUGGACUCCACUUGAAACAAUUUUCUCCCCAGUUGAAAAGCCUGCAGUGGCAUUCCAACAAUUUGCUUCUGGGAAAGUCCCAGAGGUGCUGAGCAGCAAAAAAACAGAAAUGAAACCUGAGAGGAGACUCAGUGAGAUUAUCACUCCAUCUACACCAAAGACAGUGGACCCACAAGUUACGUCUUUGGCACAUCACAGUUCUUUAACCUCUCCUUUAUCUCCUACACCCAUAAGCCUGCAACGCAGCAGCAAUUUCUCAGAAUCAUAUGCCACGGGCCUUUUAUCACCUCAAGAAAAAAGUGCUGAAAGCUCCUCCUUCUCCAACCUGCAAACAAAAUUAAUGGCAACAUCACCCAAGCCAGAUCAGAAUUCAUUAGAUAAAUCACCAGAUUUACUGCUGUCAAGGUCCUCACGGGAGACACUGGAGACUGCAUCCUUGGUUUCUGCAAGUCUCCAGCAUAUGGAGGGAUUCCUAGAAAAGAGAGACCAGCUUCUUCCAGGACGACAACAGCCAGGUUCAAGGUCUUGGAAAUCCUUCUAUGUAAAACUCGAUGGACUAAAGCUUGAUUUCUAUAAUGAUGAACAAGAAGCAUCUAAGAAUAUAUCCACACUCCCAUCUCUCAGCAUUGUUGGUGCCAAAUGUGAGAGGCUGACAAACUACAUCAGGAAAGAGAACACCUUCAUGUUACGACUGAGAGAUGGGGCAGAGUAUUUCUUUUCAGCACCUUCUCCGAAGCUGAUGGAGAACUGGUUGCAGUCACUACAGAAUAAUAUAGGACAUAGAAACAGACCAGAUUCCACAGUGAUGGUGAGACCUUUCACUCCAAGCACUGAGACCUCCCAGACAAGUCUGUGGGACAGAGACUCUGCUGAAAGACUAACCAGCAAAAGUACACUCCUAAGGAGAACACCAUCUUUCAGAAUCAAACCAGAGAAGGAAUCUGCAGAAUUUUUCAGAAAUUUAAAGGAAGAUGGGACUGCAGUGACCCAAGCCUCCAUCACCACUCUGAAUCGAGAACAAAGUGGUAAUAACACAAAACUGCCUCCAUCUCUACUAGAAGAAGGAAGAGGAAAAUAACAUUUGCUUCAAUGAAAAACAGACCCUUCACCACUGUAUCUAACCUCUGCAAAUGUAUUCAUAAGUUUUAAUUUAAUCACUACCUUUGGAACUUAUUUUAAUUAGGCAUUAAAUCUGGUAAAGUCAUUAAAUAUAAUUAAAAAGAACAUCUGGGAUACUUCUGUGGAUACGACUUUGUCAUUCACCCUAUCACCUAAGUAACAUAUACUCCAAGUCACUUAAUGGAAAAAGAGAGGGAACUUUAAUCCAGACAGCUCACAUGAAGUGACUGCAAGAUGGAAGUUUGCCCAUCCACCCUCUCACUGGAACAAGCAGCAAAGUUGUAUUUAGCAGCCUUUGUUCAGUGGCUAAGACUGAGGACCAGAAGUAUAAAGACAAGGACCCACACUAGUCCUCUGAUGGUGGCUAAACAAGACGUAGAGCCUGAUGUAAAGGUGGAGAAUCAAAAGAAAAGGAAAAAAAAAAAAUUAAAAA